UAAAAAAAGCAGACUCUUUUUUCCAAUCUUGAACACAAACACAGUCACCAUCUCUCUCUCUCUUUCUCUCUCACUCACACAUUAGGGAGUAAACAGCUACCAGAAAAACCUUUUUUAUCUUCUCACAAAUUUAAUAAAGUGGGUGCUGAGAUUGAAUAACGUAAUCCAAGAUCCUCCAACUCACAGAAAGGCAGAUUCAAGAACAGUAGUGAAGGAGAGAUCUGGUAAAAUGGCGAGAGAGAAGAUAAGGAUAAAGAAGAUUGAUAACAUAACAGCGAGACAAGUUACUUUCUCAAAGAGAAGAAGAGGAAUCUUCAAGAAAGCCGAUGAACUUUCAGUUCUUUGCGAUGCUGAUGUUGCUCUCAUCAUCUUCUCUGCCACCGGAAAGCUCUUCGAGUUCUCCAGCUCAAGAAUGAGAGACAUAUUGGGAAGGUAUAGUCUUCAUGCAAGUAACAUCAACAAAUUGAUGGAUCCACCUUCUACUCAUCUCCGGCUUGAGAAUUGUAACCUCUCCAGACUAAGUAAGGAAGUCGAAGACAAAACCAAGCAGCUACGGAAACUGAGAGGAGAGGAUCUUGAUGGAUUGAACUUAGAAGAGUUGCAGCGGCUGGAGAAACUACUUGAAUCCGGACUUAGCCGUGUGUCUGAAAAGAAGGGCGAGUGUGUGAUGAGCCAAAUUUUCUCACUUGAGAAACGGGGAUCGGAAUUGGUGGAUGAGAAUAAGAGACUGAGGGAUAAACUAGAGACGUUGGAAAGGGCAAAACUGACGACGCUUAAAGAGGCUUUGGAGACAGAGUCGGUGACCACAAAUGUGUCAAGCUACGACAGUGGAACUCCCCUUGAGGAUGACUCCGACACUUCCCUGAAGCUUGGGCUUCCAUCUUGGGAAUGAAUCUGAGAGAGAGAAAGAUCCAGCAGAGUUGACUUCGAUGGAAGCCCACAAAUAUUAAGUCUACCUUUUCCCUUUCUUUUCUUUGAAUAAGUGUUGAAAAAGAAUUGAGAUGGGAAGGAUGAAUUCUCAUUGCAUUGCAGAGAAGCAAGUUUCAGAUAUUGUACGUGUUAUUGGUCUUUAUAACUAUUUUGCACCAAAGGGAUUCUUCACAUCACGGACAAAUAAUAAUUUUAACACUAAUGAAACAAGUAAAUAUAGUGAAA